AUGACCAAGACUGUUGAUGAAGCUAAGGUUCUUAUUGAGAAUCUUGCAGCUAGUGAUUGUAACAACUGUCCUGAUUAUGACCGCUCAAGCCGCACCACUACUAGCUCCCCUGAUUCUUUUCAAAUGACUGAACUCAAGAACAUGAUGGCUCAAGUUCUUAAGGGACAGCUCAAGCAUAUCAAUGCAAUAGAAGGGAUGAGUGAUGCUAAUGAAGACCCAUCAAGAGAAUGCAUGGGAGAUUUCUCUAAUGAAGCCAAUGAAGAAGAUGUGAACUACAUUGGAAACUAUGGGAACAAGGGAUACAAUCCAAGCUAUCGCCCAAACCCCAACAUGUCUUAUAGAAACCCCAAUGUGGAGAAUCCUCAAGACCAAGUGUAUCCUCCAAGGUAUCCACAACAACAAAGACCUCCUUACCAAUCUCAAGGAAGUCAAUUUCAGCCAAGGCAAGGAUAUGAGCAGAGAUCAUCAUAUCCGCCCAAGGAGCCAUAUGCUUCUUCACCAAAUCAAGCUCCUCCAAACCAACAAGGUGGGAGAUUUGAAGGAAUCCUCCAACAGAUCAUGGAUGGCCAGAAGAGAAACACUAAAGAGAUGUAUGAGAAGAUGGACACUUUGUUCAGCAAUCUCAACACCAAGUAUGAUGCUGUUGCCACUCAUGUGAAGAAACUAGAGACUCAAGUCACUCAAACUAUGGAAGCUGUUAAGAGACAGGAAGCUGAAUCCAAGAAGUCCUUUUGCAACUCAGCCGCCAUAGAAGAAAGAUUUGAAGACCAAGUUCCAGAAUGGAUGCUUUCAAAACCUACUGUUGAUUGCAUGAUUUGGCCUGAAGAGAAUUACCCAGAGAGAGAGUCCAAUCGAGCUAGAAAGAGAAGACUCUUCCCAAAGAUUAUCCCCAAGACAGAUAACUCAGGAAAGUUUGUGUGCCUUGUAUCAUCAAAGAUUGGAAAUUGCUCUAUCCCUACUGAUUUCCAGAUUGUGGAAAUGAGAGAGAGUAGCCAUAGACCUCUCAUAUUUGGAACCCCUUUCCUGUCUACUGUGGGUGCCAUAUUUGAUUUCCCCAAUCAAAGAAUCUCUUUCAACAAGGUGAACAAGGGUAUGUUCUUCCCUAUGUGUUCAACAAAGAACUCUUUUGUUGACAUGGUCCAAGAGGAGAAAGCUACUUUGAAGCCACCCCAAGAAGGAGAAACUGAAGAAACAAUCAAGGAAGAUCCCAUUCCUAAGCCCAAGCAGCUUGCCAAACAAGCAAGGAGUAAGACUAAGGCCCCUACACCAAAACCGCCCAAGGGAUCAACCAAGAUUGAAGAUGAGGCCAAGCCAAGAAGAAGGUUAGAAAAGCCUAGGUCUGGCCGCAACAUGAAGCUUCUAUUCCCAAAGGAGCUUAUUGAUGAGAAUCUAGAAGGAUUCAAGGAGAAAGUGACAAGAACUCUAAAGCUUUUUCCUAAGGCAGUAGUGCCAAGGGACAUUCAUGGAGAGAUUGUCUAUCCAGCUGUGAAUCACCCACCAGAUACUCAUUGCAAGGAGAAAAGACUUGGAGGAUCAAAGAUGCCUCUUGUCUCCAUCUUCUCCUGA